UAGGUUCGUGUAGGGAAGAGGCAUGAUGGGAGUUGUAGUUCUUGCGCGCCGGCCUGCUGUGUGGUAUUGAAGGGGACUUCAAUAUUGAAGAGGAAAAGUAUUGAAUUGAAGAGGAAAAGACUACGUUUCCCAGCAGCCAGAGGGCAGGGCAAGUCGCUGUUAGGUGGACGAGAGAGUAUUGUGGGGGGAAAGAAAAGCUCGACCGCAUAAGUGCCCAGGCCGGAGCGAAUAGUAGAAGUUUGGGCUGUGGAGAAGGAAGACUGAGAAAGAGAAAUGGCGGUGGAUAAAGACCUGCUGGAAAUGGACUUGUACACGCUACUGGGAGUCGGCGAGAAGGCGACGGAUAAAGAGAUUAAGAAAGCGUACAGACAGAAGGCUCUGACCUGCCAUCCAGAUAAAAAUCCAGACAAUCCCAAAGCAGCUGAACUCUUCCAUCAGUUGUCUCAAGCUUUGGCAGUUCUAACAGAUGCAGCAGCAAGGGCAGCAUAUGAUAAAGUGAGGAAAGCAAAGAAGCAGGCAGCAGAAAGGACUCAGAAACUUGAUGAACGGAGGAAAAAAGUCAAACUUGAUCUUGAAGCCCGGGAAAAAGAGGCCCAGGCCCAGGUUAGCAAGGAGGAAGAGAUCCAGAUAACUAGGACAUUAGAGCAAGAGAUCCUACGGUUACGUGAAGAGGGAUCCCGCCAGCUGGAGGAGCAACAAAAACUUAUUCAGGAACAAAUCCGACUUGAGAAAGACCAGCGAGUACGAGGCAAUCAAGAUGGGUAUGGAGAGGAUGGCAAAGGAACGCCCAAGCUCAAACUACGUUGGAAAUGCAAGAAAGAAGAUGAGACUAAAGGAGGCUACUCAAAAGAAGUUCUUCUGCAAAUCCUACAAAAGUAUGGUGAGGUUCUGAAUUUGCUAAUCUCUAGCAAGAAGACUGGAAGUGCAGUUGUGGAAUUUGCCACAGUGAAAGCUGCUGAGAUGGCAGUGAAGAAUGAAGCUGGCCUGAUAAACAAUCCUCUAAAAAUCUCCUGGCUAGAAGGCCAACCACAGAGCAAUCCUGUGUUUGCUGAUGGCACUAGCCAGCCACAAAUAUCCCAGGGUUCUGUUGUCUCUGAGCGGGAUUAUGAAAGCCUUGUGAUGAUGCGGAUGCGCCAAGCCGCUGAGAGACAGAAGCUGAUUGAAGAGAUGAAACGAGAAGAUGAGGAAGAGUCUGGCACGUAGUACAAGGAGAAAUGACAUUAUCUUGUGCUUUUGCUUAUACUUAAAUUAAGUCAAUAAAUAUCCUUUGUAAAAAUAACUAUAGUUUUCUUGGAAAAAUAAACUGGCGGGAUCUGUUCCUACUUAGAUUAGAUGUCUAGUGCACACAGUAUCAAACAUACUCUGCUAAUUGAUAAGUUUUUCCUCUCAUUGAUUGAACAUGGGCUAGUUUACGCAUAGCUUUAGUCUUGCAAGAAACUGCCAGAAAAUGGUCCCACUGCUGGCAGCUCCAAGUUAUGGUCAUAACUUAUACAAGUUAUGGUCAUAACUUAAUACAAAUUAUGGUCAUAACUUAAUACAAAUUAUUAUUAUGUUUAUGUGGUAUCACCAGCACUAGUAUCUUGUGUUAAAAUGGAUUUUAAGAAGCACUGAAAAGUGAUGUGAUUAAUAAAAACACAG